AUGGCACGUCUCACCUUUCUUCUCCUUCUCCUGUGUGUUGGAUUCACAGUGAGCACAGUGGUGGAUCUGCAGAAGAGAAUCUUCAAUGGGAUAAACUGUGCAAAUACGGAGCGUCUGUACCAUGUCGGACUGACCAACAGUGUUACUGGAGAUGGUAUUCAUUGUGGUGGCUCUCUGAUCCAUCGACAGUGGGUUCUGAGUGCAGCUCACUGCUGUGAUUCAAUGUAUGCAGUUGUAAAAGUGCAUCCAGGUCCAAGAGAUGUAGUGAGAAUAGAAAAAAAAAAAAUCUUUCGGAACCAUGACAUCAUGCUCCUGAAGUUAGAGAACCCCAUUACUGACAUUGUUCCUAUAUCUCUGCCCAACAACAGUGACUGCAGUACCCAGCCUAGAGCUCAUCAGAUGUUUUGGAGCAAAAACAAUCAAAAAUUCAACAUAUUUUCUUCCUCUCAGGGUGACUCUGGUGGUGGACUGAUAUAUCGGGGCAAGCUUCGUGCUGGCUGGGAAACACAGCAGGACAAAUAA